AUGGUGUCCGCCGACGUCCACGACAACCGACAUCACACCCAGGACCUCCGCAGACUCUUGAUGUUCCGCAAGUCCCAAGAAAGACCCCGUGAACCAACGGACCCCAAGACGACCAUCAUGGCUCGCCGCUUCCAUCUACGAAAGCCCAAGUCCCUCGAGUCUGUCUCGAGCCGUGACUCGGCCUCGACCGCCUCCAUGCCUCGCACUCCCGUUUCUCCCACCAGCACCCACCACCGCCACUCCCGCGUCGUCGAGUUCGAUCCUCUCAACCUCCAUCCCACCUUCCAGGCUCCUCCCAGGCUCUCUGAUCGGCCUUUUAUUCACGUCAUGGAGCACGACGAGCCCCAAUACCACCAGCCCCAGCCUCGCAGGGUCGCUCCCAAAUUCCGAGAGCUCGAGCUUCCUCCCGUAGCCUCUCCACGAACCAGCCAGGUCGUGGAGGCCGAGGAGGUGCCCGAUUACUUUGCCAUGAAGCUUGGCAUGCUCCAGAGGCCCACUCUGGUGAGGAGCCACUGGUCUGAGUCUACCAUCAACACGGUACUCAGUAGCAGCGACGAGGAAGAGACGGACGAGGCCGAAGAGGCCACUAUUGACGAUGAGGACUCGGAAGCCGAGGAGCAGGUCACAACCCCUACCGGCCCCGCGAUGCCUCUCCAACUCCAAUUCGAGACGGAGCGCGAGGUGGUGCCUACAAGCACGCAAUGGCAAAACUUCUCCUACAAGCGCAACACAGUCCAUGCCACUCGGCGACCACCUCCUGGUGGAUCGGACAACAGCAUCGACAACUACGUCAAGCGGGGCGGAUGGAAACGACGAGGCAUCGUCUUCCAGGCCAACGACUCCUCGGACUGCAUGAUUGACAGGCUCUCCGCUCAAACCGUUGGCUAA